AUGGCCGCGCCGCCGGAGACGACGGGCGCGCCGUCCCCGCCGGAAGGGGAGCACAAGGGCAACGCGGGCGUCGAGGUCUGCUGCUUCGAGCAAUCUGCAGAGGACUUCUCCAGAGCGGUACGCGCCAUCUCAGAGCUCGCCGCCGGCAAGCCCGAGCCGGGCUUCCCCAACGCCGAGGCGGAGCGGCUCGCCUCCUCGAUAACGUUCCUCAGAGAAUGGAAGCAUUUUAAUUAUGAGCCAAAAGGUGUAAGUUUUACUUACGGCACUGGAUCAACUUCAUCCAGAGAUGACACACAUGAGAUUACCUUACCACAAUUCUCGUCUGCAUCUGUUCCUCAGUGCAAAUCAAUGCAGGUCGCACACUUGGAAGAUGGGAGGGAUAAUAAUACAUACAGCUCUGACUUCAUUUUAUUCGCUGGAGGGAAUGUUUGGUCGUUGGACUGGUGCCCGAGGUUGUGCGACAAGCCUUCUUCUCCCGUAAAUUGCGAGUAUCUUGCUGUUGCUGCUCAUCCUCCUGGUUCUUCUUACCAUAAAAUUGGUAUGCCACUGAUUGGCAGAGGCAUCAUUCAAGUUUGGUGUAUUGUAGCACCCUUUGAAGAGGCACAUACUGAUCAGUCAAUGCUUGCAUACAGUAACAGCAAUCGUAGAGGAAGGCCUAGAAAAAUACCAAACGAGAACAAUUCAAUUGAGAGUUCAUCAGUUCCUCGAAAACCAAUAGGGAGACCGAGAAAGAUAAAACUGACGACUGGGGAUGAUUGCACAGAACCUAGUAGUCUGAAAAAACCAAGGGAUCACGCAGAACCUAGUCUGAAAAAACCAAGGGGCAGACCAAGAAAAUAUCCACUGUCAGUUGCCAAAGCGGUAGAUUCAACAAAAAAUAGCGGAAGUCCAGGUUCUAGUUUUGUUGACCCUCUUGUCACUUCAGGAGUUAUUCCAGGCGAUCUUGCAUUAUCUUGUGCUAUACCAUCUGUGAAGCCUGUGGAAUCAGCUCCAAAAAAAGGCAGGGGUCGACCUAGGAAAAUCCCAAUUGACAAAAUAAAGUGUUCGCCUGACACUGAAUGGACAGAAGAUAUCUCUAGAGCUCUAAUAUGCUGCACGAAACCAAAGAAAAAAAGGGGGAGGCCCCGGAAAUAUCCACUCCCAAGCAGCAGCAAGCAUGUUUCUGGCACUGAUACUGAAUUUGAAAGAGAAACUGGAUACACGGAGUCUAAUUCUAAUUUAAGUCUUGUUACAGUUGAUGCAGAACUACCAGUUCCAUCUUCAUCUCUUACAAUUUGUGGGAAAAGAUCAAGAGGUCGGAAGGGUAGAGGACGACCUAAAAAGGAAACAAAUCCUUGUGCACUUUCUUCGUCAGUGGUUUCUGGUGUCCAAUCACAGAGUAGGGAGACCAUUUCAAAUAAUCCAGCACACUCUGUUGAGAAUCAUUUGCCAUAUGGACACUCUAGUUUGACAAGUGAGCUUAGUUCGAUUGGCAUGCUAAGAUGUGAUGGCAAUGUGCACACAGGCCCCACUUUAGAAGAUUCCUUGCUGCCUAUGCAUAUUGCAGCUAAAUCAAAUGGCGAGGAAUCAAGUGGUAGUAGGAGACGAGGACGUCCUAGAAGGAAGACACUUUCAAAUACAAACAGUUGUUUAUUUGCUUCUGGUACCGAGUCCUCAAAGGCGGCUGCUACAAUUACCAAUUUGGACAAUCCCAUGGCUUUGACCAAGAGUGACGGUGAAGCUAUAGCAAGCGAUCUUGCUUCAAUUGGUUCGUUGAGGUGUCAUAUAGGAAAGUGCAAUGUCAAUAUGAGUGUUGUAUCAUCUGAUGCCACAUCACCAACACAUGGCUUGUGUAAUGCAAAUUACAAGGAAAAAUUAAGUGCCCAACAUAGAAAGAAGUCUGUUUCAGUAGAGUGUAGUUCUUCAACUGCAUUAUGCGGCAAAGAACAAAACAAUCAGACAACUCCCCAGUCAAAUGAUAAUGUGGCCUCAGUCCAAAAUUGUAAGAAAGAAUUAAUUGUCUACACCAGAAGGCGUGUACGAGGACCUACAAAGAAACCUGCUUCAAAUGAGACCUGCUCACUAGCUCUUAGUGGUGACGCGCAGAAGAUGGAGAGAUCCUCCAUGUAUAUCAUGCCAAAUAAUAAUUUGUCUUCUGUUGAGAAUCCCAAGCUACUGGGUUCAUCUAUAAGUGAAGACAUGGCUAAUGAGGCUGGUUUGGUUGGAUGUAAGAGUGCACUUGCUAACCAUGAAGUUGUGGAAAUGAAUGAUAGUGAAGCUGCCAACAAAGUUGUGCCUGUUCCUUCUGAAAACAGUGCCCAGAUCAUUGUUGUGGAAGAUACAGAAGUAGUUCCAUCCAAAGAAUCAAGUAAAAAUGAUAUUAUUACUUGUGCAGAAAACUCAAACUUUUCUGCAAUCCCCAAAGGCAUUCAUCUACCAAGGGUCGUCUUGUGUUUAGCUCAUAACGGCAAAGUUGCUUGGGACAUCAAAUGGAAGCCUCCUUUACCAAAUCAGUCAGAACAGAAAUCACAUUUGGGUUUUCUUGCAGUACUGUUGGGAAAUGGCUCACUUGAAGUAUGGGAAGUUCCAUCUCCAAGCAUGAUCCAGAAAAUAUAUUCCUCUUCUUCAGUGAAGGGCACCGAUCCUCGCUUUCUAAAGCUGCAACCUGUAUUUAGAUGUGCUAAAGUUAAGUGCGGAAACAUACAGAGCAUUCCCUUGACAGUUGAUUGGUCGCCUUAUCCUCAUGAUAUGAUAUUGGCAGGAUGUCACGAUGGAACGGUUGCUUUAUGGAAGUUCUCUACAGACUUGCCAUCACAAGAUUCAAAACCUUUUAUGUGUGUCACUGCUGAAUCUGUUCCCAUCAGAGCCCUCUCGUGGGCACCAUAUGUAAGUGAGGAAAACACAAAUAUCUUCGUCACUGCUGGAGAGGAUGGCCUAAAAUUCUGGGAUUUAAGAGAUCCAUACCGUCCUCUGUGGGAACUAACCACUGCCCCAAGGGCUGUUUUAAGUCUUCAUUGGUUAAAGGAGGCUAGAGGUAUUGUCAUCUCACUGGAAGAUGGCACAUUGAAGUUCCUCAGCCUACCUAGAAUUGCCAAUGAUGUUCCAGUCACCGGAAGGCCAUUUGCUGGGACUAAAACUCAGGGCGUUUCUACUUAUCAGUUGUCAGAAUAUUUGAUAUGGAAUGUCCAUGUCUCAGAAAUUACCGGUUAUGCGGCUUAUUGUGUGGCAGAUGGUACUGCUGUGCGCUUCCAGCUUACUUCGAGAUUCUGGGAGAAGGAACCUGGGAGGAACCGUGUGCCCUAUUUCCUUUGUGGUUCGCUAGCAGAGGAGGGGACAGCCAUUAAGAUUGGUGGAACAUUGCAAAGCCCUCCUAUGUCAAACGUUCCUCUGGUUGCAAAAAAGGGCCCAAAACCAUGCCAAAAAGUACCUAAAGCCCACGAUACACAAAAAGAGCAAGUACUAACCCUCACCAACUCAGAACAUGUAGAUCCAGAACCCAGAGAGGGCCGAGAAGAUGGACCUGAUAAAGGCCAAGAGACUCUGGUUUUAGCUGAUUCUCUAAUGCUAGAGAAUGGUGGCACAUGCAAUGUCCCAGCUGAUGAAGACACUAAAAACUUUGAGCUCUUCCCUCCCAAAGCUGUAGCGCUGCAUCGACUGAGAUGGAAUAUGAACAAAGGUAGCGAGAAAUGGUUAUGCUACGGAGGCGCCGCAGGCAUCAUUCGUUGUCAGAGGAUCUAA